AUGAUCUCCGCGACGCGGGCGAGCGUGGGGACGACGACGAGCGCGCGAUCGGGUCGAGGGCGUCGAGCGGGCAUCGGUCUCGUUCUCGGUUCGUCGUUCGCGCGAUCGCGGGUUCGGGCUCGGAGCUCACCGGGGGAGAACUACAACCCACAGGUCGCCAUGGACGCCGCGCGGGCGAGCGAGAUACUCGGUUUGGGGCAGAACGCGACGAGCGACGAGCUCGUGAAGGCGCACCGAGAGAUGCUCGACAAGUACGCGGAGGACGAAGCCAAGUGCGGAGAGGUAGAGCGAGCGUACGACGUUCUGCUGAUGAAAUCGUUCAACAGGCGAACGAAGGGUGAUACGGUGGACAAAACGGUGAAGUACGCGGACGUGGUGCCGCCGAUCGAUAGGCUCGCGGCGGCGAUGCCGGCGUGGACGAAGGAAGCGGGGAGUGCUCUGCCGCCGGCGCCGCGGUUCUCAGCGCCGUCGCAAGCGUCGCUGAGCCAAACCGGGGCGCUCUUCGGCGUAAUCGCAGUCGUGACUUUAGUACAAGGAUUCGCCCAGCCGCAAGGCAUGGAUAAUCCGACGGGGUUGGAGAUAGCCGCAGCGCUCGGCGCCACAGUGUGGUUCAUGAACAAGAAACGAGUGUCUCUCGGUCGAUCCGCCGCGCUGGCUUUCGGCUUCCUACUCGUUGGCUCUCUUUUUGGUGGUGCUGUUCAGGAAUGGUUGCGCGUAGACAUCGUCCCGUUCGCGGGAAUCUCGUCGCCGUCGACGAUCGUGUCCGAGUUUGGCAUCUUGGCCCUCUUUUUCGCUGCGGCAUGCUUCGACUAG